CAAAUAUUGUGCACAUUGGCUUGAGGAAAAGAACUUGAUUUUGACGUCAUUUUGCCCAAUAAGAUCUUAUUCCGAAGUCGAGCUACACCAUGUCAGACUUUUCGGGACCAAAUGUCUCUCUAGCUAUUAGAACAGAAUAUGAAGAAAAGCAGAUUCUGCAGAAAAAUGGUGUAGAAAUUCUUCCAAAGCUUCCAUCCCAUCGCUACAAACACACUGUCUGGCAUGAAUUGAGUCAUACUGAGAUCCAUGGCCCUGUGUUGUGGGCGCCAAGGAUUAGAGAUGGUCCGCAAAUUAAAGAGGAGACAUUCCACACUGUGACUGAUGAUGCAGAGAAUCCCAUCCAUCAUGGAAAGAUGGGGAAAGAGAGGAAGAAUUAUAGAAAUCAGAUGGAAGAUUGGGAGUCAGCUGAGUUUUGCAAUUUGUCAUACCAAGACCUUGGUGAUAAGUAUCAACAGGACAACUUCAAACGAGUCCUGAAGCGAUUGGUAAACGCCAGGGAGAUCAACUUGGUAGAAGACACAUUGGUUAAUCUGUCAAGUAUAAAGUUCCCGGCGUGCACCCACUUGAACCUAACAAAGAACUACCUGAACAGCCUGAAUUGUCUUCCGGAACUUCCGCAUAUCCUUUGGCUGAAUCUGUCCUACAAUAACAUCCAUGAUUUGGACGGUCUGAAGAGCUUGAAGAAAACACCAUUAAAGAGUCUAGUGUUGAAAGGAAACCCUGUAGAAUUCAAGGAAAAUUACAGACCGAGGGUAUUCGGCAUCUUACCUCAGCUGAAACUUCUGGAUAAUAUUCCACGGUUGCCGUCGGAGAUGGAUGAGAUCACAGAGGAGGAGGAAAAUGCUAAACGAUGUACGAUAUCAUAAGACGUUUGGUAUAUGUGACUAUGUCGACACCACUUGUACUGGUCGGGACUGUCCUUAGUCCUGUAUGUGACUAUGUCUACACCGUCACCUGCAGGUUGGGACUAUGUCGACAGCACUUGUACUGGUCGGGACUGUCCUUAGUCUUGUAUGUGACUAUGUCUACACCGUCGCCUGCACGACUUGUACUGGUCGGGACUGUCCUUAGUCUUGUAUGUGACUAUGUCUACACCGUCACCUGCAGGUUGGGACUAUGUCGACAGCACUUGUACUGGUCGGGACUGUCCUUAGUCUUGUAUGUGACUAUGUCUACACCGUCACCUGCAGGUUGGGACUAUGUCGACAGCACUUGUACUGGUCGGGACUGUCCUUAGUCUUGUAUGUGACUAUGUCUACACCGUCGCCUGCAGGUUGGGACUAUGUCGUCACGACUUGUAAUGGUCGGGACUGUCCUUAGUCUUGUAUGUGACUAUGUCUACACCGUCACCUGCAGGUUGGGACUAUGUCGACAGCACUUGUACUGGUCGGGACUGUCCUUAGUCUUGUAUGUGACUAUGUCUACACCAUCACCUGUAGGUUGGGACUAUGUCGACAGCACUUGUACUGGUCGGGACUGUCCGUAGUUUUGUAUGUGACUAUGUCUACACCGUCACCUGCAGGUUGGGACUAUGCCGUCACAACUUGUACUGGUCGGGACUGUCCUUAGUCUUGUGUGUGACUAUGUCUACACCGUCACCUGUAGGUUGGGACUGUGUCUGCACUACUUGUACUGGUAUGGACCUUCGGCGGUCUUGAAUGCAACCUUCUGAGUAUGCACCCCACAUGUUGGGUAGCGACUGUGCUCAGUCUUGUGUGUAACUCUAUGUCUGCGCCUCUUGUACUGGUGGGAACUCUCCUCAGUCUGUGACACUACGGAUGUAUGAUAAUGUAUUUUUCCUAUGGUGUGCAAUUGUUAUUUCCCAGUUCAUUUCUUAGGUCACAUCCAAAUGUCUAUAAAGAUACAGCUGGCUGAAUCUUAGAUACCUGUAUUUUUUAAGUCAGAAAACAAUCAUAUUUAUACAUGUUAUAACAUUAGACAAUCAGUUUUAUUCGUAGUCAAUUAUCCGUCCACAAUCAACUGUAUUAUUAUAUUGUAAGUUGUCUAGUCCGAGUUUAUGAACAAGUAAUUGUGUUAGGUGGAUGGGAGGAUGCUUUUUUCAGUUGGGUAAAUUUAGAAGACAGCUUGUGUAUUCUAGGAUGUGUCUUUCAAAUUGCAUCUUCUAAUCCUGAAUGAUUUAUAUACAUCUUACAUAUUUUUGCAACAUGGGACUGGUUCCUUUACAUAAUUUCUAUCAUGUGAAAUUGUAAAAGUUAAUGGCAGUCAUAUGAACGUCUAUAAUA